AUGCGACCACUCUCUUCAACUCCCCCUUUUGUCCUCCUUCGCCCCCCCUCUCGUUUUUCCUCCCCAUCACUUCAGGUAUUUCGCCUGAACAAUGUGUAUGUGAACGACGAUGGCAAUGUGUUCAAUGCCACCACCCUCUUUAACAAGGGUGACUGCAACGGGCACCUCAAUUUCUCCUUCAAGGCAGGGCACACACAGGUGCACCACGUGGACAGAGCAGUCUCCCUCGUGUAUCGCCAGGCAGACGCAUUCUAUCACGGCUUCAUAGAGUGGCAACCCGCCUUCUACAUCCUCCACAAAGUGCUCGCAGCUCAUCCCGACAUCCCGCUUCUAGCUCGACCCUCGCAGGUAAAGAUCGGAUACCUAGUUUUGAGGCGCCUCAAAACUAGCCCUCCCAGGUAA